AUGGGGUCAGUAAAGGAUUUACCUAAUGAAAUUCUACAAAAUCCGGAAUUAUACGGUUUAAGAAGAUCCCAUCGAGCACCAACACAUAAUUACUUCGAAGAUGAAGAGGAUGAUGAGGAUGCUGUCAAAACGUCUUCAAGGAGAGGAAGAAAGAAAUCAAACGUGGACCCAGAUGUGAAUCUGGAUGAUGAUGAAGAUGAGGAAGACUUAUCGGAAUUAGAUGAUGAUGAAGACGACGACGACGACGAUUAUGGCUCUAAAGGGAAGAAAAAACAUACUAGAACAAUAAGGAAACAAAAACCAAAGAGAACUUCAAGAUCAAAGAAAGGGACUGAUGAUGACGAUGAGGAAGAUGAAUUUGGGGUACCUGUUAGAUUUUCUGAACGUAAUAAUAAAACCGUUAACUACAAUGUUGAUUAUUCCGACGAUGAUUUGCUAGUUUCUGAAGAGGAUUAUGAUAUGAAUUCUGAUGAUGAAGAUGAAGAAAAUGAUGAAGAAGAUACGGGGAAUCGUCUUGAAUACUCUGCUACCCCUCAAUUGGAAGAUGUUCAUAGCAUUGACAUGGUAAUUACUCAUAAACUUAAAGAUGGUGUGGAUGAAUCCGUUUGGAAGAAGGUCAUGAAUUUACAAGAAUGUAAGGAUAAUAUUCAAUUCUUGAUUAAGUGGACUGACCAAUCUCAUUUACAUAAUACGUGGGAAACAUACGAAUCAUUGGGACAAAUUAAAGGUCUGAAGAGACUGGAUAAUUAUUGCAAACAGUUUAUAAUUCAAGACCAACAGGUGAGGUUAGAUCCUUAUAUCACACCAGAAGACUUAGAGGUUAUGGAUAUGGAACAAGAACGUAGAUUGGAUGAAUUUCAAGAGUUUACCAUCCCAGAAAGAAUAGUUGAUAGUCAACGUGUAACAUUAGAUGAUGGAACUUCGGAAUUGCAAUAUUUGGUAAAAUGGAAACGUUUGAAUUAUGAUGAGGCAACUUGGGAAGCAGCAGCAGAUAUUGUUAAAGACGCACCAGAACAAGUCAAGCAUUUCCAAAAUAGAAUAAAUUCUAAAAUAUUACCUCAAAAUUCAACGAAUUAUAAUAAUUCGGCAAGACCUAAAUUUGAAAAAUUAGUUGAACAACCUAGUUACGUGAAAUUUGGUGAACUUAGAGAUUUCCAAUUGACUGGUAUUAAUUGGAUGGCCUUCCUUUGGUCCAAGAAUGAUAAUGGGAUCCUUGCAGAUGAAAUGGGUCUCGGUAAAACGGUCCAAACAGUGGCAUUUAUUAGUUGGUUGAUAUAUGCUCGUAGACAAAAUGGUCCUCAUAUUGUUGUCGUACCACUUUCCACCAUGCCAGCUUGGCAAGAAACCUUUGAUAAAUGGGCACCUGAUUUGAACGUUAUUUGUUAUAUGGGUAACCAAAGAUCAAGGGAUGCUAUCAGAGAAUUCGAAUUUUAUACUAACCCUUACGCAAAAGGAAAGAAGAACAUAAAGUUCAAUGUUUUACUAACAACCUACGAAUAUAUUCUAAAAGAUAGGUCUGAAUUAGGUAGUAUUAAAUGGCAAUUCUUGGCAGUGGACGAAGCCCAUAGAUUGAAGAAUGCGGAGUCAUCUCUCUAUGAAUCACUAAACAGUUUUAAAGUUAAUAAUCGUCUGCUUAUUACUGGUACCCCAUUACAGAAUAACAUCAAAGAAUUAGCCGCUUUAAUCAACUUUUUAAUGCCAGGAAGAUUUACCAUUGAUCAAGAAAUCGACUUUGAAAACCAAGAUGAAGAACAAGAAGAAUAUAUUAGAGAUUUACAUAAGAGAUUGCAACCAUUCAUUUUGCGUCGUUUGAAGAAAGAUGUUGAGAAAUCAUUACCAUCCAAAACCGAAAGAAUUUUACGUGUCGAACUAUCAGACGUACAAACUGAAUAUUACAAGAAUAUACUGACAAAGAAUUACUCAGCGUUGACUGCAGGUUCCAAAGGUGGUCACUUCUCUCUUCUAAAUAUCAUGAGUGAGUUGAAGAAGGCUUCCAAUCAUCCAUAUCUUUUUGAUAAUGCUGAAGAACGAGUCUUGAAAAAGUUCGGUGAUGGUCAGAUGUCUCGUGAAAAUGUCUUAAGAGGUUUAAUCAUGUCUUCUGGUAAAAUGGUAUUAUUAGAUCAACUUUUAAACAAAUUGAAGAAAGAUGGUCACAGAGUGCUAAUAUUUUCUCAAAUGGUUAGAAUGUUGGAUAUUUUAGGUGACUAUUUGUCAAUUAAAGGUAUUACCUUCCAGCGACUAGAUGGUACUGUUCCUUCAGCACAAAGAAGAAUUUCUAUCGAUCAUUUCAACGCUCCUGAUUCGACAGAUGAUGUUUUUCUGUUAUCAACCAGAGCUGGUGGGUUAGGUAUUAAUCUAAUGACUGCCGACACAGUUAUCAUUUUUGAUUCGGAUUGGAAUCCCCAAGCAGAUCUCCAAGCCAUGGCAAGAGCUCAUCGUAUAGGUCAAAAGAAUCAUGUCAUGGUUUACAGAUUAGUUUCAAAAGAUACUGUUGAAGAAGAAGUUCUAGAGAGAGCACGUAAAAAGAUGAUCUUAGAAUACGCCAUUAUUUCACUCGGUGUUACGGAUGGUAGUAAAUACACAAAGAAGAAUGAACCUAACCCAGGAGAAUUAUCUGAAAUUCUAAAAUUUGGUGCCGGUAAUAUGUUUGCAGCCAAGGAUAAUCAAAAGAAGCUUGAAGAUUUAAAUCUGGAUGAUGUUUUAAAUCAUGCUGAAGACCAUGUUACUACUCCUGACUUAGGUGAAUCACAUCUUGGUGGUGAAGAAUUUUUGAAGCAAUUCGAGGUUACCGAUUAUAAAGCCGACGUUGAUUGGGAUGAUAUUAUUCCUGAAGAGGAGUUGAAGAAACUGAAAGAUGAAGAGCAAAAGAGGAAGGACGAUGAAUACAUUAAAGAACAACUGGAUAUGAUGAAUAGAAGAGAUAAUGCUUUGAAGAAGAUUAAACACAGUGUUAAUGGAGAUGGAACCACUGUGGACUCUGAUGACGAAUCAUCCUCUAGAACAUCAAAACGAAGAGCAAGAAAUGACUUGACAUCAAUCGGUGAAAGUGAAAUCCGUGCUAUCUAUAAAGCUGUUUUGAAAUAUGGUGACCUUACAAAUCUUUUCGAGGAACUCAUUUCGGAUGGGAACCUCCCCGUUAAGUCAAUUGAUAAAUAUCAAGAAGUAUACGCGGAAAUGAUGGAAGUUGCCAGAGAGAACUUGCAUUCUGAAGAAGCCAAAAGAAAAGAAAUCAUGGAGAAACUUGAAAAGAAGGCACAUGAAUAUAGGUUAAAAUUGAAGAGUGGAGAAAUAAAACCAGAUGACCAACCAAAAGAUAACCCAAAUGCAGAAUUAGCUAUGAAGAGAAAAGAAAAGAAAGCUAUUCUAUUCACUUUUUAUGACGUUAAGUCAUUAAAUGCAGAAUCAUUUAUUGGGAGAGCUGAAGCUCUAGAUUUCCUAAGGAAAUAUAUUCAUGAACAUUUCAAGGAUGAUCCAUUAAAAUUCCAUAUUGCCAAUCGUUCACCAAAAGCUGUACAAAACUGGAGCUCUAAUUGGAACAAAGAGGAUGAUGAAAAAUUGUUAGUAGGUGUAUUCAAAUAUGGAUAUGGUUCCUGGACGCAGAUAAGAGAUGAUCCAUUCCUUGGAUUAACUAAUAAAAUUUUCCUAAAUGACAGCAGUUCUGAUCCUGUUAUGAAGAAGGAAACAGCAACCAACACAACUAACACAAAGAAGGGCAAAGGUGUUACUGGGUCAUCCAAGAAGGUCCCAGGUGCCAUCCACUUAGGUAGAAGAGUAGAUUAUCUGAUAUCUGUUAUGAGGGAUGAAUCUCAGGAAAACACUCCAAGUGCUACUGCUACACCCACUUCAGGCCUGAAAAGGAAGAGACAAACCAAGUUAAGUAAACCACCUACUGCCAAAUCCAGCGUGAAUAGUACCCCAUCUUCCAAACGUACAAAAUUAACCCCAAAAACUUUGAAGAAAGUAACAAAAGCCUCUAAGAGUGUAUCUAAUAGCCCGACCCCAGUGAACAAGAAAAGGACAACCUCUAAUAUGACACCACCAGGCUCUGAAAAUGUUAUAGAGAAAGAAUACGAAAGUAUGGACGAAGAUGAAUGCCGACAUGCCAUGGCACCAGUCCGUUUAUCAUUGAAGAAAUUAAGAAAUGGUAAUAAGGGGCUUGAUCGUAAAGAAUUCGCACAUAUGUUAAAGUCAGAAUUGACUAAUAUAGGUGACCAUAUCGAAAGUCAAAAGGGGACGUCCAAGAAAACAGAUCCUGUUAACUUCAAGAAGCAUUUGUGGUCAUAUAGUUCUCAUUUCUGGCCUGCUAAUGUGGCAAGUGCCAAAUUAAUGGCCAUGUACGAUAAAAUUAUUGCCACAAAGGAAUCUCAGGCCUAA